UCGUUGUGAAAAAAAAAACAAAAUGAUUGCUAGCGGAGAAAAUUAUAGUAAAAAACAAUAUACACUCGUAGAAGAUAUUUAAGUUGCUUUCGGGAUGUAUAUUUCAAUCGAAAAGCUUCGCGUUUAAUUUAAUUGUAUCUCUACCCGAUUUCUUCGCUAGUUGUCUUACGUCAUCUAGGACGCGCAAUGCUCAAUCGUCGUAAUUACCCGUCAGCAAGCAUAUUGCAGAAGUUUUAUGCGGGGAUGAUUGUUUCGCGAAUUGUUGUAAUUUGCCGUAAUUUGCCUAAAUGUCACAAGAACGAAUAAUACAAGUACGAUAUCAAUUUUACUGAUCGAGAGUUUCUUCGUAAACUAUUGUUUCAGCGAGUAUAUUUUAUAAAGAGAGAAACCUGUCUCGCGCUCCUCGUAUCCUCCGCGUUGAUUUAUCUUGAAAUUUCGAUAUCUAAGAUCAAAAACGAGACACCUCACCUUGCAAAAAAAAAAAAAACAUGAACGAUUUUGAGAAAGAACAAUGCGGAAAUUUUGUCAACGAUCGGCGCAUCGGUUUGAAUUCAGCAUUUUCCUCGAAAAGAGGCGGGGUUGAAUUCCCUACGCGCAGCAUCCGACCGAUCGAUGAGAAAACCACAUCUCCCACGGUGCGCUCCCAUCUCGCGACUCGCACUUGGGCUAUUCCACGGCUCUCCUCGGCUACGGAUCCGUACGUUUUAAUAUGUGAUACGAGCGUUAGAUCCCGUUUUUUUUUGGAUUCUCAGGAAUCCGUUUUGAAUCCGGGAGAAUCGGAUGAGAAAUUCAAGGUAGAGUGUGCGUGUACGCAAAGAAGAAAAAUAACUCGCGGUUCGCGCAACAAUGGGAUUGCACGUGAGAACCGUGCUGUCGCUUCUUUUUAUCUUCUUGCACAACGCGCCGCGCUCAAGAUUCGUCACCGCCUAUCAAAAUCACAUUAAUCCAAGUUACUUCAACAUAGGCGGGGUUCUUUCGAACAACAAGAGCAAGGAACACUUUCAGGAAACGAUCAAACAUCUGAAUUUCGACAAUCAGUAUGUGAACAAAGGAGUGACGUACGAGACCACGGUGAUCGAAAUGGACUCAAAUCCCAUUAGAACCGCGUUGAGCGUCUGCAAAUCUCUGAUAGCCAAACAGGUGUACGCGAUAGUGGUGUCCCAUCCGCUUACAGGCGACUUGUCGCCGGCCGCGGUUUCCUACACCAGCGGAUUUUAUCACAUACCCGUGAUCGGCAUCUCGUCCAGAGACUCCGCUUUCUCGGACAAAAACAUUCACGUGUCAUUUUUGCGCACGGUACCGCCGUACUCGCAUCAGGCGGACGUUUGGGUCGAGUUGCUGAAGCACUUCAACUACAUGAAGAUCAUCUUUAUUCACAGCUCCGAUACGGACGGUCGCGCGUUGCUCGGACGUUUUCAAACGACGUCGCAAAAUCUGGAGGAGGACGUGGAAAUCAAAGUGCACGUUGAAUUAGUCAUCGAAUUCGAACCGGGACUGGACAGCUUCGUGGAGCAGCUGAUAGACAUGAAAAGCGCACAGGCGAGAGUCUGUCUCAUGUAUGCUUCGAAAACGGACGCGAGAGUGAUCUUCAGAGACGCCGCGGUUCUGAACAUGACGGGCACCGGCUACGUGUGGAUCGUCACCGAACAGGCGUUGGACGCGCCGAACGCGCCGGAAGGUCUGCUGGGACUGAAGCUGAUCAACGCGACCGAAGAGAAUUCGCACAUCACCGACAGCCUACACGUGCUCGUGUCCGCGCUGCGACGAAUGAAUCAGACGGAGAAGAUCACCGAAGCGCCGAAGGACUGCAGCGAUUCCGGUUCCAUAUGGGAAACCGGCAAGAAUCUCUUCCAAUACAUUCGCAAAGAGAUAGUGCCUUUCGGUCAAACGGGUCAAGUGGCGUUUGACGAUAACGGCGACCGUAUAUUCGCUGAAUACGACAUAAUUAAUAUCCAAUACGGUCCAGACAAUAACAAGAGCCAGGUGUCCGUCGGCCAGUACUUUUACCCUCCCAACGGCACUAAGAUGAAGCUGCGAGUGAACGAGUCCAAUAUCAUAUGGCCGGGCCGUUCGAAGACCAAGCCCGAGGGCUUCAUGAUACCGACGCAUCUGAAGGUGCUGACGAUCGAGGAGAAACCGUUCGUGUACGUUCGCGAGUUGCUCGACGACGAGAUCAAGUGCCUGCCGGAGGAAAUCGCGUGUCCCCACUUCAACACGACGGAGAACAACGAAACAUCGAAGAUCUUUUGCUGCAAAGGAUACUGUAUAGAUUUGCUGAAGGAGUUGUCGAAGACGAUUAACUUCACGUACAGUCUGGCUCUGUCACCCGACGGUCAAUUCGGCAGCUACGUGAUCAAGAACAGUUCGAUCGGCGGGAAGAAAGAAUGGACCGGUCUCAUCGGCGAGAUAGUGAACGAACGGGCGGACAUGAUCGUCGCCCCGUUAACGAUCAACCCCGAACGCGCCGAGUUCAUCGAGUUUAGCAAACCGUUCAAAUAUCAGGGCAUCACUAUUCUGGAGAAGAAGCCUUCAAGAUCGUCCACUCUGGUGUCCUUCUUGCAACCGUUUAGCAAUACUCUUUGGAUUCUGGUGAUGGUAUCGGUGCACGUGGUGGCGCUGGUUUUGUACCUGCUCGACCGAUUUUCGCCGUUUGGCAGGUUCAAAUUAGCGAACACCGACGGGACCGAAGAAGACGCCCUCAAUCUGUCCAGUGCUAUCUGGUUUGCUUGGGGAGUGUUGUUGAACAGCGGUAUAGGAGAAGGCACACCGCGAAGUUUUUCCGCACGCGUGCUGGGAAUGGUAUGGGCCGGAUUCGCUAUGAUCAUUGUAGCAUCGUACACCGCCAACUUGGCCGCGUUUCUCGUUUUGGAACGACCCAAAACCAAACUCACCGGUAUCAACGACGCCCGACUCAGAAACACAAUGGAGAACUUGACGUGCGCGACAGUGAAGGGAUCCGCCGUGGACAUGUAUUUCCGACGUCAGGUUGAGUUGUCCAACAUGUAUCGCACGAUGGAGGCGAACAAUUACGACACCGCUGAAGAUGCGAUACGCGACAUAAAAAUCGGAAAAUUAAUGGCGUUUAUCUGGGACAGCUCGCGACUGGAAUUCGAAGCGGCUCAGGAUUGCGAACUGGUGACGGCGGGUGAACUGUUCGGCCGGUCGGGUUACGGAAUCGGUUUGCAAAAAGGCUCACCGUGGGCGGAUGCUGUGACACUGGCGAUUUUAGAUUUUCACGAGAGCGGUUUUAUGGAGAGUCUCGAUAAUCACUGGAUUUUACAUGGUAACGUGCAACAAUGCGAGCAAUUUGAGAAGACGCCGAACACUCUCGGUUUGGAGAACAUGGCCGGUGUGUUCAUCGUCGUUGGCGUCGGUAUCGGCGGCGGUGUGGGUCUGAUAAUAAUCGAGAUGGCAUACAAGAAGCAUCAGAUACGCAAACAGAGGAAGAUGGAACUAGCGAGACACGCGGCUGACAAGUGGCGAGGAAUGAUCGAGAAGCGCAAGACUCUGCGAGCAUCGAUAGGAUCCACUCAACGAAGAAUCCAGAGCAACGGUCUGAACGAUCCGGCGACCGUGAGUCUGGCCGUCGACACGGUUGCAAGAUCGAAUAUAGGAACACGCAGUCCUGGUCGCGCCUGGCCUGGCGACAGCGACCUGAGACAACGACCGAUCUCCCGCUCGGACGACAUUCGAUUAUCGCCCGCCGCCUACACUGCCGACGUGUCGCACCUCAUAGUUUAAUCUUACACACGCAAUAUAUUUGUAGUUUUCUACCAGAUAAACAUCGCUGAUCGUUUCUGGUGAAUUGUUACGGAGUCAUCAUCCCCCUCGUCUUCCUCAUGUUGUCUAGAGACGUAAUUAAAAGUGGCAUUUACGUAUGUUUGGCGAAUAAUUGUUAGAUGUUUGUAGACAAUUGCGAGUAAAUAGUCUUGAGAGUAUCUCUUUAUAUAAAAUAUUAUAUGACCGGUACGUGUUUCAUACAUAAGACUUCACAUGAAUCUAACUUCCGCAAGAUCGUUCAUUCUCUCUCUUUCUGGUGCUACUAGAUAUUGUUAUA